AUGAAGGUAAAAGCCGAAGACGAUUCUGCCGACGUCAGAAUGGCCGACGACAGGCCAACAUACCGAUCAUGGAAGAAGAAAUACCGCAAGAUGCGCAUCAACUUUGACCAAAAGAUGCACGAGGGUGAAGAACUCUACAAGCUUGAACAGAAGGCACUGGCCACGGCCCGGCGGCUCGCGGUACAAAAUGACCGGCUACUCGAUCUCCUCCUCGAUGUCAACAACUCAGCCCAGAUCCCGCCUGAGAAGCGGAUAGACCUGAGCCUCGAUUUGCCCUCAGAUGACGACUCGCUCCUUCUCGACAUCGACCGGCCGUCAACCCCUCCGCCGGGUCCCGCGCCGGCAAAGGCCUACAAGGACCUCCUCCGGGAGGUACCGCACUUCAGAUUUUCCUCGGCGCCCGAGCGCUUCCCAAAACUUGUUGCCGACCUCGAAGCCGGCCGCGACUCGCCCGCCGACCCAGCCCAAGGCCAGCUCCACCCGCCCACCUUCCUCGCAGCCGAUGACAUCGACAACUACAUCUGGGAACUCGACACCCAUCUAGCAAUCGAGGAAGCCGCCACGGGCGGCACUCGCAAAACUACAACAGACCCAAUUCCUCCGCUUCCCACCCUCGCUCCGCUAGCCCACACCGACCGCCCCAACCCCAAAGACGCGCAGCGCGACUUUGCCGUCCGCAACCCGAUCUCGGUUUACAACUGGCUGCGCAAGUACGCGCCCAAAACAUUUCUGCAGGACGCCGAGCAGCACCACGACAGCAAAGAAAACGGCAGCGGCGGCGACCACCACGACGGUCACCACGGGUCCGCACGCAGCCGCGGCGGUGCCAAAGGCGAGCGGACCCCGCGAGGCACAGCAGGGACCGGCUCGACGCGCGGCAAGCGCGCCAGCACCGCACACAGUCGGGUUACUGCCGCUGCUGUUGCCGAGAGCUUUGGCGAGGGUCCGGACGACGAGUUUGGUUAUGGCGGCGACGGCGGGAGUGCCAUGACCACCCCCGCCGGUGGUGCAAUGGGCGGCGGAAAAGGAAAGCGCAAGAGGGUCGUGGACGACGAUCCCGGGUAUAGACCCAAGGGCGGAUCCAGUCGGCCCGCCAAGAAGAAGCGGAAGAGCGAGGGCGGUGCUGGUGCCGAGAGGACGCCGGCGGCGCCUAAGGGAAUACCACGGAAGAGUAUUUUGUGA